UUCACAGCAGCCUUCUGAUACUAAGCAGCUAGCAGCAGUCGUUAGCGUUCUGGUUUUGUUUUCGGCAAUAAAUUAACAGUCAUAUUUAAUUUUAGGAUCUAUGGAAGAGAGAUCAUUACGAUUGAUGCAUACAAGUAUGGCGGUUGCGCUUCAAAGCUUUGAAGGCUCUUCGUCAGUGUAGUUAGCGACCUAGCUAGCUAGGUGAAGUUGAUAGCGCUAAAUAGCAUCAACGCUAGCUAGCUAAGUUACAGCGGAUUCGUUCAAGCUGGCAUCUAAAAACCUCGUACUCAGCCAUGGGAAUACUAUUUACAAAGCUAUGGCGGCUUUUUAAUCACCAAGAGCACAAGGUUAUUAUUGUUGGCCUGGACAAUGCUGGCAAGACCACAAUUCUUUAUCAGUUUUCAAUGAAUGAGGUUGUACACACCUCUCCUACGAUUGGGAGCAACGUAGAGGAGAUUGUGGUCAACAAUACCCAUUUCCUGAUGUGGGACAUUGGAGGCCAGGAGUCCCUUAGGUCUUCGUGGAAUACAUACUACACAAACACAGAGUUUGUAAUUGUGGUGGUCGACAGCACAGACAGAGAAAGGAUCUCAGUGACCAAAGAGGAACUCUACAGAAUGCUAGCACAUGAAGAUUUAAGAAAGGCGGGGCUGUUGAUCUUUGCCAACAAGCAGGAUGUGAAAGGUUGCAUGUCUGUGGCCGAGAUCUCCCAGAGCCUCCAGCUUACCUCUGUCAAAGACCACCAGUGGCAUAUCCAGGCCUGCUGCGCGCUCACUGGGGAGGGGUUGUGCCAGGGUCUUGAGUGGAUGAUGUCACGGCUGCGCGUGAGAUGAUGACCAUUGACUUUGAUCAGGAGAGCUCUCUCUGUUUUCUCUGCCUCCAGACAUGAGCUUGAAAUGAGGAUGGGGCUGAGGUCAGUUGAUGGACGGCCCUCUCCUCUUUCCUGUGAAGCUGACAUGGGCAGAUCGCUGCCAGGACGUUACAUUCUUCUGUGAUAAUUUAUUUUACAAAAGACGUCUGAACGCUGAACAAAAAAAAAAAAGAAAACGUGACCUUUUUA